GGGGGCCGUCCGGCAUGCAGGUUGCGCGUUCCGGCUCCGACAUGCGACCUUACGUAAGAAACCCCCAUUCUUUGCGCCGGCUCGAGUUGCGAUGGAAUUGCUAUUUCAGUAUUUCAGGCAACCCGCACGAGCCAUGGUGCCCUCCAAGAUGCCCCUUUCAAUAUCCCGCGGCGGCCCUUGCCUUUCCUAUGUCCUGUUAUCAACACUAAUACCUCAACGGCCGAGUUUCAUCAUGACUCAGCGGCUUACUGUAACAUGCUGCUCUUGAUAAGCAUGAACUAUCGGCCUUCGUAUGGAUGCUCCUUUUGCACCCAAAGAGAGCCAGCCGGAGCAGAAGAAGUGACGCCAGCAGCAGCAGCAGCAAUGUCCGGUCCUGGCAUAGGAGGAAGGUUCCCCAAAAGGGACUCGGGUUGUGUCGGUGCGGGGCCAAAGAAUCCGUGCUUUCGGGAAGACCCGCCGGGUCGCUGAUCUCUUUGCCUUGACGACAACCUCCGGAGCUCCGUCUCCGGACGGCACCGCACACUACACAACGGGCGGAACAAGAACAGACAUUUUUUUCUCGCGAAUAUCCAUAUCCCCACAGCGCCAUAAUGAGUGGUUUAACGUUGUUCCCAGCCCUUCGAAUCGGGGGAUCUGCAGAUAGCCUUCUAUUUAUUCAUUCCCGACAGUGGACCCUCAUCCGUAGCAAUUUGCUUUUUUACGAAUACCGGUGCAGCUAGAACCACGAAUCGGCGAUCGGAAAGACGGCAAGACUCUCUGGUGGAGAGAGCAUCUCAGCAGAUGGUCACGAAUUCCUUCAGAAAUGGCUGAUGAUGAUGUGAACACGUCGCCAGAUGGGGGUUAGGGUCAUUGGCACAGUGGGCAAAGAGUGGCUCCUGGGUGUGGAGGUUGAUGAUGCUUAGCUGACGCGCCAAACUGGCUUCAGCAAUCCGCUGACCGCUUCUCCCCUCACUUCAACGUUUCACCAUGUCUGCGUUAGCCUCUUCGAACCGUCUUCUCGAACGAUUUGCCAUGGCGUAGCUCACCAGCCCUCCGACCGCAACCUCAAUCAGGCCCGAACGGAACGAUCCGUCAUGCCAUGCGUGGCUUCCCGCGGCUUUCCUUUUUUGACAGAAACCGAGACUUGACACCUCGCUUGAUGCUCAUAUCUUUGGAGAUUUGCAACUGGAGCCGCCAAGUUGCACGGCUUUCGCUAGGUUUCGCGCCGACGUCUUCCUCAGCAAAAGAAACAGCUAUGACCGAGGCUUCAGGCGAAGUCAUACGAUAUCGGAUUGCCGAAGCGACGUCCCCAUGAUGGACCAGGGUCUCGGUGGUGAUGGGUGAGGCGACAGCAGGGGUACCUGAACUCCCGUGUCCAUUGAUAUCUUUCGAUUUGUGUCCUUCUAGAUUUUCUGCCGAACCGCCGCACCCCAACUCGAGCCAUUCCAUCCAGGACCCUUGGAGAUUGCCUGAACAACACGAGAAGAGCGCUUUCGUCUAUUGAGCUGGCGUCAAACUUUACGCCAUGGUUCGUCGGAAUUUGUCGGGCUCAAGCCAUGGCCACGGUGCAACUCUUUUGAUGGGGAUAUGACAGCAAUCUGACAGUGACAGCGGGCUCUCGUUGCUGUCAACCCUUCAUUUGUCUCUAUCGACAAAAUUCCAUUCAUCAUCCCUGUCUGUCCCCAUAUCCCGAUGACGUCGAUUCCAUUCCGGUGGGCUCGGAGAAAAAUUAACCUCGAAAUCCGCACAAAACGGCAGCAAGCCCGACGACACAGUGGCCUAGCCAGCAAUCGACUUCUUGGCAGAGCGGGGAGUGGAAACUAUGGCAAUAUAUUUGUGGGAUAAUAUCACCAGGUCCCUCCUGAAUAGCCGGCACUAGGUGGGAGACGGUUCUGCUCCGUCGUGAUGGGAGAUUGUGUAUUUCCAAAUAGUCCCGUAUGGGUGACUUCUCGGGCAGCAGAAAGAGCGUGGCGUCCGAAAAUCCGCACAGAACCACGCGACCAUGGGCUCCUGUGACAGGCAUGGCACAGACCCGCAAGGCUGAAGCCAUCGCCAAGUUGUGUCGGCAGUGGAACUCGUGGGACUGGAGCACCCCCUGCACGACACAUGGCAGCCUCGAGUGGCAGCGAUGGGACCCUCGCAACACGGAAAGACUUUUCCAAACAGCGCUUCGCGCACACAUGUCAAUCUGGCAAUCUUCUGGUUCAUCCUUGCGAGCCGCGACUAUCGUACGAGCUAGCUGACCUAGGCCGGACUAUGACUCGCCGCGCCCUUGAAAAAAAAACCAUCAAUUUCCACUUUUUCGGUUUCACCCUGUGUGGUAUAUAGUCAACACCAUGUCCCAUCACGGCGCCCGCAGGACCGCUGGUCUUUCACACAGUAGCAGCUCUGUAGUAUUUGUAGGCCAAGCAAGAGAAUAGCAGCAGCAGCUUGGCACCCAC